AUUAGAACUACUUCGGAAAGACCACGAGAUUGAGAUCAGUUUCACCAGGAAAUUAAAAUUAUAAACGUACGCGACGAUCACUUUGGAAGCUUCUUGCCUGUCCACGCCUGUCGAUAACUCGGUUGUACAAGAAGUACAUCAAGAUGGACGGGUCACUCACACUCUUCUAUAUCACCAUCAGCAUCUUCAUGGGCUAUAAUGAUCGACAACACAUUUUCGGUGGAUCAUGAUUUAAUCCGGUGGUGCCGGGAUCGUCGAUUAUGACAGCACGAGAAACUCGACCGCAUCUUCUGUCCUCUUCGAUUACUGCCAGGGAAGAAGACGGAAAGCCUUGUCAGGAGCAUGACCACAACUGUGGCCUUACGACGCGGGUCGUCAGGAGCAUUACAACUGUAGCCUUACGACGCGGGUCGCCAGGAGCAUGACCACAACUGUGGCCUUACGACGCGGGUCGACGUCAAUUAGAGCUGACACGAGUGUUAUUAGAGAGACAGCAAAAUCGAAAGUGUCAGAUUCUCGAUUCCACUGUGGCGGUGCCUCUUGUAGGUUUGCCAUUCGGCCGCAGCUCCUGUCCCUUGUAGGUGUUGGCAGCGGAACGCUUUGGCCCGUCUGCAGUAAACUACAGUUCGAUGACCCGCAGCAGUAA